AUAUCAUCCAGAUCAUUCGUUCGAUCGCAUGCUAUCGAUUCUCAAAAAUGCUCGCAUUUCUUCGUUCCAUCUGUCCAAAAAAGAGAUUUUAGUCACGGUCCUCCACUUAACAAGCUUAUGAUUGAGGAUCGAGUUAUGCUUGUUCUUCAGCUAUAUGAUAAGAUCAAUCCUAAUAAGCUUACCCUUCACACUGACAUAGUCAAUGAAUUCGGUCUUGAUAGCCUUGACAUGGUUGAAGUCAAUGUAGCUAUGGAGGAGGAAUUUGCGUUUGACAUUCCUAGUGCAGAUGCACUGCGACUUCGUACACCAUUUGAUAUCGUCCAAUAUGACGGAAUGAGUUCAGAUUCGGAGAAUGAUGUGCACGAAGAUCUGUUACGCACAACAGAGGAAGUUAUGCGUGCCAAGGAGACCAAUCCUGGUAUGUUUGUAAGUGCAUGGCAAGCUGACGAGGAAGAUAUUUCCUACUGGACUAAAAAGGAGCUCAAAAAAAUUGGUCCCAAUUGGGCUGAUGAGGCGAAGAGAUUAAAGGAUUUUCUCUUGGCUAAAGAUGAGGAUGGAUACACGGCACUACACAGGGCUGUAUAUUCUGGUCAAUUUCUUAUUCGGAGCGGUGCCGAUAUUGAGUCGAAAACCGAGGAUGGUUGGAGGCCUCUGCAUUCGGCCGCAUUUUGGAAUCAACUCGCCUGCGUUCAGUUGCUGCUAGAGGUUGGAGCUGAUAUCACUGCCAUGACAAGUAGUGGGCAAAGCGUUUUGCACCUUGCUUUGGCGAAUAAUCAGACACCAGAGACAUUGGCUUACCUUCUAGCUCAACUAUCUUCAGACCGGGAAGCCUUUUCUAAAGUAUGGAACUACAGCAACAAGUCCGGCGACACACCAGAGAACCUCCUAAUGAGAAGUAGUUCCUUGGGACCUUUCCUGAAGGAGACAUUCAGCCCCGAGGCUACCUAUCUCGGCAAUCGUCCGAUGUUUUGA